UCCAGACAGAUACAGAUACAUAAACGUACCUGCCGACAUACACACAAACCCACAUAAACCCAUCGACCAGACGUCUGUUGUGAGACCCGGCGGUUCGGUCGCACAAAUCCUAGAGAGGGAUCGACGGCACACGGAGCAAGUCCCGUAUUAUAUCAAGUCUCGUCCCACACCCACCAAAACCACCCCAUGUUCAAUGUUCACCGGGUGAACCUCUCGCCAGGAGCUGCAUAAUAAACCCAUUCCUUCAAGUGACUGCCACACCAGCACCCUUUCUGAGACUACUUUCCGCGGCCGCGACAAGGAUCCUCUGGGUACUUGAUCAUCUUGCAUCCUCACCAUAUAAACUUCUUCACCCUCGCCUGCCUCAUUAGGCAACUCAUAUAUGGUCAAGCACACAAAGCCUCACUAUAGUGAAACAUCGACCAACUCACAUACACAACAUACCUCCGCUGCAUCUUCGCCCUCCGCCCACAACAUGUCUUCCACCAGCACGAUGACGGGUCAUCAUCAUCAAGCAAAUCUCGCCAAUAUCCCUGCAUUCGGCUAUCACGCGCCUCAGUCACAUAUACGCUCUCUUCCACCGUUACAUGCGGCAUAUCCAAACCGUGCCCAACAUGACUACGCGCCACACCACAACACUACCUAUUCGCGAGACGCAAGUGCAGAUCGGUCAGCAUCCAUAUCAAGGACAACUCGUCCCAUGGCAGUUUCAAGUCUCCUCGCAUCACCCAGGCUGCCGCUGGAGGAGUCGACAAGACAGCACCCACAACAGGUCGAACUAGCUUCAUGGGUUGAGCGUCAUUAUCAGAACCACUCGCCGAUGAGCAGUACGCCAUCAAAAGCACAGACUGCUUUCGGCGAGAGCACAGGUCCACGAUAUUUCAGACAACCGCAGAUUCCAAACAUUGGUCUCGAUUACCGGCUUCAUCGUCAGCGAUCGAUUGACUUGAUGCCAGACGAAGGCUCGUCCACAAUAUCCUCAAAUUCCACAGCCCAUUUACCUCCGACCCAACCACGGCCUUCAAAUCGCGCUCCGAUCAAAGCUCGCAUAAGCCAACCACCACCUAUCGAUUUUCAGCUCACAAUUCGACAACAACCCAUUGCUGCUCGAGCAUGUGGCUUUGGUGAGCGCGAUCGUCGAGUCAUCGACCCACCUCCCAUCAUCGAGCUCAAAACCUUUUCAUCCGAGACCGGUGCGCCCGUCGCCGACGACACGGGCAUGCUCGCUCUACAUUGUACUCUCAUCAACCACAUCACCGAACAAGACGAAAGCGACAUCGCACCUGCCCAUCCCGGUCAAGCUUUCGCCCGUCGACUAAUGGGCACCUUAGUUUCAUCACCUAAUAUGGUCAACGACGAAAAGGGCCGUCCAGGAAUUUUCUUCGUCUUUCCCGAUCUGAGCUGUCGCACAAUCGGACAAUACCGCAUGCGCUUCCGCCUGAUGCGCGUGGAACCUAGAGACAUGAAACCCGGAACCAUUUUCCCAUGUGUGGCGAAUUGCAUCACAGAGGUCUUCACCGUAUACACGGCCAAGGAUUUCCCAGGAAUGAUGGCAAGCAGUGUACUGCUCAAAGCGCUCCGCACGCAAGGUGUCAUCGUCGGCGUGAAGAAAGGUUCAGAGAACUCGUCCAAAGGUCGACGAGGGAAGGACGAUCUCGAGGACGAGGAAAUGGAAGACGACGAUGAUAGUGUGGCCGGCGACGGGAGUGUCGAUGCGAGGUCUUCAGGAGCGGCUUCGGUGCGGUCGUUGGAGCGCGAGCAGAGGCCACAGACGGGCGCGAAACGAGCGAGACGAGGCAGGUAAUGGGGUUGGCAGAGUCUUUCUUUCUGUACUGACACAUCAUUCGCGGACUCGGAACACGUGAGAUCUUGCACAGAGGAUUUAC